GCACGGAGAGUACCCCCCUGAUCAGGUAAGAUUCAAUGGCCACUAACAGCAGGCGCUUCGGAAUAUGGCGCAUACGCGUGGCCACCUUUUUUCUGUGCGGUGCGUGGACUGGGGGAGUGGCUGACAAUGUGGAAGGUUUGGAAGGAGCUGAAGUGUCCUUCCAGUGCCAACACCAAUAUGCAUCUCAGUCAACUAAAUACUUGUGCAGGGAUCCGUGCAAGACCCAGCAGGACAUAGUGGCUCAAGUACAACCUGGAAAAAGAGCCACAAAAGGUAAACUAUGUCUGGAUGAUGCGGGGAAUGGAGUCUUCAAUGUGACCUUUAAGCAACUCCAGCUGUCAGACUCGGGGACUUACUGGUGCGCUGUGGAAAGGCUCGGGUUCGACACCUACAUUGAAAUGAAGCUACAAGUCAAAGCUGUUGGAGUCCACCCGGCUGUUGGAGACCAUACAACGACAUCUGUACUGAUCAGGUCUAUCACAUAUUGGACCACUUACACUUCUGCGCAAACAACACCUGAAAUGGACCUGGGUGCAAACUGGCCUACAGCUGCUCUUUGGUAUGGUAUUGCUGGGGCAGGUGCGGUGCUUUUUACCUUGGUGGUUGCUGGGACCUUCAGGAAGUGCAGAUCACAAGUGAAACCACAAGCGGUUAUCAGCAACAGUGCAGACAAUGUCGUCGACGAAGAGGAAAACGUUUACGUCAACACUAGAGAAGAACUACGGUCUAUGAAGAGAAAUCCAGCACAGACGUUCUCUGAUGGUCACCAAUCAAACCUGGACCCACCAACUCAUCCCAUCUAUGCAAAUGUUAUCAACACCAAAUAUUCUGCUGGUUCCACCUGCUUAGCUGCAAAAGUCCAACAUUUAUACACCUAGAUGUUGUCACAUAAUUUUACACACAUACUACUGUGUGUAAAAUGUGAGUUAACAUGUGCUUUGUAAAUAAAUUUGCUCGUGCAAAUAAAACGCAAAUAGCUUGCCUCUUCUUUGUUUUUGUCAAAGUAGAAUCUCUCAUAGUGACAAAGGUUGGAGAGCUGCCCACCGACUGUAAAGGUUGAAGUUAAGCAGGAAAGAGUUCUAAUUAGGAAAACCUGUAAAUGUUUGUAUUUUGCACAACAUUUUUUUAAUAUUGAAUUAAUUAUUUGCCAUGUAUCUGUAUUGCUCAAAAACCUGCACAUCUAAUUGAAUUCUGGUUGGAGUGAAAUACUGUACUAUACAAAUUAGUACAGUCAAAAAUAACAAGUUCACGCACGUGAUUAAGCAAUAGAUUAUUGCUUUAAUCAUGUAUAUAUGUAGAUUAAUCAUUAAUUUUUUUUUACCUUAACCAUAGAUGGUUACCUGAAUGGUGGCACGGGUUGCUUUAUGGUCA